GCGGAAGAGAAAAAGGAGCCCCUUCGGCAGCAGUUCGUUGAUCGAGUUCAUCAAGAGGUCGAAAAGCAAGGACGGCUGAGCAUCGACAUCGGCACGGCGCGGCGUGUAUUUUUCUUAUUUGCUUGUCGUGGAGUAGAUUUCCAUUUCAAUUUUUGGCGUCACUUCACUUGACUAUCUAAGGUUAAUCAUGAGACUAUUUGUAGUUUCUUACUCGUUAUCGUUUCUCAUGUGCAAGCAUCGGUGAGCGUUUGGUCUUAUUGGGACAGUUGUUUGCGUUUAUUCCGCUGAGCCCGUCGACCAAUUUUACUCUUCUAACACACAAAUGCCCUCCUCGAUUAGCUUUUGACAAACACACGCACGCCCUCCAUAUUUUUCAAUCAUGGGCCCCUCGUAAUAUGUCAACAGCCCAUUUUGCUCCUGCUCGUGCUCGUCUUGUUCUUGAUCCCUUUGCCCUUGUGGUCGUUCUUGAAGAUCAGUACUGUUCUAUCGCCUCGUCGCCUUCUUCUUCUUGCUGUGCUUCAAAAUUCAAGUCAACCGAACUAUCAACAGAUGCUCGAUAGCGCUUCGCUUAUGGAGCUCCUUUUCGUUGGAAACCCGAAAGAAGUCGACCGCUUUGCGAAGAGUCGACUGGUCCCAGGUGAUAAGGCUUUGAGCUUUCAGCUGAGCAAGCAUAUUGCGCUGCAUGUCAAAGCUUUUGGGGACUUGCGCCACCACUUACUGCGCGGCAUCUUUUGGAAGCAUGAGCACCUGAAGCAGAUCGAGCUUGCUGCGCCAGAAGACGGCUCACGCUCACGACCAGGCGCAGGGGAGCGGGAGCACGAACACGACGUGGCGAACGAGGUAGAAGUGGUUGCUUAUCGUUAUCCAGUCAGUAGACGUAGCAACGCCACUGAAAAACUUGCCGCGCGGGUUCGCAAGAAAAUCGUGGAAGACUGCCAGAACAGAGACUACUUUCCGACCCUCACGGACGAACAGGGCCACGAGGUGAAAUAUGGAGAAAUUUUUAUGGAUAGGAUGCGAGUGAAUUUAAAUAAGAGAAUUACAAUCGCCAUAGCGUAGAUCAGAGGGCGCAGCUGAAGCCGCUCUAUUUUUAGAUGAAGGCCAUAUUAAAUAUGGCGACCGCGAUGCGCGUUCUUGGUGCUCACUUUGGGUAUUACUUCUUUCUCCUCGCAACUAGUAGCUGCGUGCAUGAUCAUACUGCUAGUAGAAGUUCGUCACCGCGAUGAGGUCGAAGGUGUAUCAGAUCCCUGCUGAGUUUCAUGAUAGGCGGAUCUUGUUCUUGUCUAUAAAAUGUCAUGAAUUUUUGAAAUGGGGCGCCCAUUCUUGUUGUUUUUGUUCGUUGUAGUUAUGGUUAUCGGCAGAGCAGGGCGAGGCCCAUCUCGCUUCGAAGUUGAUGUAGACUCCGAUCAAAGUAACGCUUUGCUAUAUCCCUUACGUUCUUAGCCCCCACGCUUGCCUCUUAGCUCUGCGUUCAUUGACGGGCUUUCGAUGCUGCUCUAUCGUUUAGAGCGGAACAUGCUGGAAACCGGCAACAACCAAACGCGCACGGACUUACUACGGGAGCUGAAGGCCUGCGGCAGCUUAUGGGUAGGGAAGGCAAGCGACGCCACCGCUGCCAUUUGUAAGGAUCUGAAGUUGGACCCCAGCACCGUCGGGAAAUACGUCUACCGAACACUGCGAAAACUUUUACGAUGAAGUAAGUCGCUACCUGCUCUAGUGGGCUUCGCGGUAGUUGCUAAAUCGGUACAGGUAGUGUCUUGCUGAUUGGUUUGCCCUUGUCUUCUUGCAUCGGGAUAGCGUAGUGGCCUGCUUUUGGCAGCGUGGGUGAGCGUGAUGCUUGACCAUUAUAGUAUAGCUCUCUCGUUUGUCUACCCGCGGGGCUAGACAAUCUAAGUUGGCUGGAAUUAAGUGAAGUGAAAAAGUUGCAGCGUGCAACCUAUGGGUACAUGGACUAGCUUGCUUCCCUCUAAACAAUGCCGACGAGCAUGGAGAACUGCGAAAGACUUUGAACGAACAGGGCGAGCACGUUGCGACAGCUGACAUCGUGGCGGAGUUAUUGCAGAAACCAUUUAGACGACAGCCGGCCGCGAUCAACUCGGAAAACGAGGGCGCGAGAAGUGGAG